AUGGUCACAAAGCUUUCCCAGUGUCAGUACGCCUUACCUCUGCUGAUACCAGAACCAUUCACAGAAGAACUCCAGUGCCCUCUGUGGACAUUCAGAGAGAUCAAGAAGACCUGGAAGAAAACAGAGACCAAAGACGGUUCAAACGUGGUGUUGAUGAAGUCCAUGUCCAUCUGUAAAGCAGUGACACCCAUGGUGUUUUGUCUGCGCCUGGGCGAUCUGUCUGUGUCAAAGUCUCAACUCAUCAACACUUUGAUCAAUGACCGUCAUAGUACCUUCUUCCACCGAAACUGUCCGGGCAACACAAAAACUCAGCUCUUGUUUGAGGGCAUGGCAGAGAUUGCCUGGUACUGUCCAGCAGGAAAGCCCAACGACAACUUCACCGACUGUGUUGCCUUCUGUAACCUUCAUGGAGACGGGCUGACUCACAACAAACAGAUGAACAUUCUAUUGGAAAUGUCCUCCAUCAAUAUUGUGUUUGUGGCAAAGAUGGACCCCACCUGUGGCCUGGAGCACAUCUUCAGAGAAAUGGCACAGAUCUAUGAAGCUCAUAAGUGUCUGGAUAAAGCUCAGACAGAAGUGCAGACAGACUGGUCUAAAUACCCUCAACUGGCUGCAGAGCUGUUGAUCUCAGGUCACCCCAUGGAGCUGAUGGAUGGAGAUGCUGGCCACGUCCCUUUGACUUGGAUCUCGAGUGUUAUGGAUCAGCUCAUUCACAGACUCGGCGAUAAGAGUGUCUUUGUGCUCUCAGUUCUGGGCAUACAGAGCAGUGGAAAGUCCACGUUGCUAAACGCCAUGUUUGGACUCCAGUUUGCAGUAAGUGCAGGCAGAUGCACCAGAGGGACCUUCAUGCAGCUGGUCAAACUGUCUGAAGAACUGAAGACAGAGUUUCUGUGGGACUACAUUCUGGUGGUGGACACUGAGGGGCUGAGAGCUCUUGAGCUGGAAGGAAACAAUACCAUUCACCACGAUAAUGAGCUGGCAACGUUCGUGGUUGGUCUUGGAAACAUGACUCUGGUGAACAUCUUUGGUGAAAACCCCUCUGAGAUCCAGGAUGUCUUACAGAUAGUGGUUCAGGCUUUCAUGAGAAUGAAGAAAGUCAAACUGUCUCCAAGUUGUGUGUUUGUUCACCAGAAUGUCUCUGAUGUCAGCGCUGAAGAGAAAAACAUGUACGCCAAAAGAAAACUGCAGGAAAAACUAGAUAAGAUGGUAGAACUAGCUGCCAAAGAGGAAGAGUGUGAGGCUGAAAACUUCAGUGAUAUAAUUAAGUUUGAUGUUCAUAAAGAUGUGAAGUACUUUGCUCCCUUGUGGGAGGGAACUCCUCCAAUGGCACCUACAAAUCCAGGUUACAGUGAAAGUGUUCAAGAUCUGAGGAACUACAUUCUCACUAAAGCCAAACCAUCUCCAGGAAUCAAGCUGUCUAUGUUUAAAACUAAAGUCGAUGACCUGUGGAAUGCCCUUCUAAACGAGAACUUUGUGUUCAGCUUCAAAAACACUCUGGAGAUUGCAGUUUACAGGAGACUGGAAGAAGAAGUCGGAAAGGGGCUAAAGGCCAUCGUUGAUGAUCUGAAAAGGGUGCAUGUGAGUGCUUUGAAGACGUCUCGACGGACGCCAGACCAGAUCCUUAUUGAUCAACUAUGUGACUGCUGCUGGGAAAUGUGUCCUUUCUGUGGAGCUGUUUGCACAAACUCUGUCAAAAAUCACAAACUUGCCAAAGACGGAGGAAUGGACCAUAGCGUGCCCUUUCACCGAUCUCCUUCUGUCAAAGGUUUUCACUAUAAGGACACGAUAGAGAUGUCUCUGCCUUUCUGCUCAACACAAGUGGCAGGUAACGCAACUUUCCACCCGGAUGGUUCCAACAGACAGGUGCCCUACAAGCGUUACCGCGAGGCCGGACCCCCCGCAGACACUUGGAGCAUCACCCCUCAUCACUUCCAGCUCUCCUACUGGCAGUGGAUGGUCUGCACAUUUAAAGAAGACCUAGAAAAAAACUAUAACAUGAAAUACUACAAUCAUGGAGAAAUCCCCAACGAGUGGAAAAGAGUCACUUUAAAAAAGGCAAUAGCAAACCUAGAGGAAAUGUACAAAACUGUAUGA